AGAGAUCACACAAGCCACAGCCAUUUCACACACACACACACACACGCACAAACACACAUCUGAUCCUGAACGUCGAUACACUCCCGCUGGAUAUUUCUUAGGAUUUUUCUGCAUCCUGAUGAUCUCUGACCAUCCCUGAUGGACUCAGCCGCUCCUCCGAACAUCCCUGAUGACCGAACUCAUCCAGGGCCUCUCGGCCUCCAGGAGGCUCAUGAUUCCUCCAGACAAAGGGAAGCCACGACAUUACCCAGCGUUCCUGCAUACGACUCGGUCAGCAUCCUCACCGCUGGCCCAUUGAAUGACACUGACAGCAUCCAAACAUCCCAUCAUGCAUACGACACGGACAGCAACCGCACCCUAAACCCAGCAUUCGACACGGACAGCACCCACACCCUGCACCCGCCGUACACGAGCCCCGCUGGAGGAGACGCCUCGACCAGCAGCGUCCCGGCCAACCCUCCUCCAUACAGCCCACCGGACCCCAAAACUGUCUACGUCAUGUACCCACAGUACCCAAACCAGCCCGUCAUCGCCUGUCAGCCCGGAGCCAAUCUACCUGGAGCUUUCUACCAGCCCUCCUUCCUCCCGUCGUCCACUUACCCGUCCUACACUAUAUACAUGAACGGGCCGCCGCUGGGAGAGGAGCACCCUCCGUUACCUAAAGAUUACCUGGUUGAGUCUCUGCUGGUGACCAUCUUCUGCUGUCUCAUGAGCGGCCUCGUCGCUGUCAUGUACUCGUAUGAAACCCGUGCGGCGCUGACCAGAGGUGACAUCCGUGAAGCGGAGAAAACAUCCCAGAAGGCUCGUCUGCUUGUCAUGUUCAGUUUGAUGUUCGGCAUAUUUAUUUUUGUGGGCUGGAUUAUUUAUGUAGUUACAGUGCUCUGUCCAUAGAAACUUUCUCAUGCUAACUAAGUAUGCAUUUAUUUAAUCAAAAAUCUGUAAAAACUGUUAAAUAUUAUUACAACUUAAAUAACUGUUUUCAAUUUGAAUAUAUAGUCAAUUGUAAUUUAUUUCAGUGAUACAAAGCUGAAUUUUCAGCAUCGUAACUCCAGUCUUCAGUGUCCUUCAGAAAUCAUUCUAAUAUGCUGAUUUGUGCUCAAACAUUUCUGAUUGUUAUUCAUGUUGAAAACAGUUGUGCUGCCCAAUAUUUUUCUGGAAACUUUAAUGCAUCCCAGCUAAGUAAAAUUAUUAAUUUCUAUCAAAAAAAUUAAUCUUACUCACCUCAAACCUUUAAACAGUAGUGCAAUUGCUGUGAAGAUACUAAUUUUAUAGAUGUUGUUUGAAGGUGCACCAUCACUUCUUUUUCUUAACUGUUAUUUUAAAAUGUGAUAAAUAGUAGUAAAAGUCAUGAAAACUCACAACAAUGAAUGUAUGGGAACUAUACCAGUCGAAACGUCAUUCAAACAUAUGACUGUGAAAAAUGUUGGAAAAGCACACAGAACUGAAAAGCAUUGAAAGGGACUUCCAUUAAAAAUCACAAAGUGUGAGAUUCAAACAUUAACGUCUUACAUUAAACAGGUUCACCCCUGAUUUAUUGCAUCAUGUUCUAUGAUACUGUAUGUACUUUCAGAUGAUAAUCAUCGAUAGUUUGUAUUUUUCUGUCACUCGUAAUAAACCUUGUAUUUUUGUUGACUUAGUUAUGUAAAAACUACCAUUAUC